GUUGGUGUCCACUUCUCCAGCAGUUUCGAACUUUAUAUACCGAACCAGAACGACUCGGUUCGUUGCCGUACCGUCUAGAGAUGAUGAUCGGAGAGUGGCGGAGCCACCAGUCAAAUCCGGCCGUUGAGCUUCCUCUGUGGACGGAUGACGAUGAUCCGACGGCUAGAAUCACUGCCAUUCCCGGUAAUGCCGAGGACUACCCUCCGCUCGACGUUUUAAUGGCUUUGCACCGCUAUCUGCCGUCGAACGACGCCGAUUCGGAGUCAGAUCUGCCGUCGGACGCCUACUACUCAUCGGAUCACUUCCGGAUGUUCGAUUUCAAGGUCCGCAAGUGUACACGCGGCCGCUCGCACGACUGGACCGACUGUCCGUACGCUCACCCCGGCGAGAAGGCCCGCCGGCGGGACCCCCGGAAGUACCAUUACUCGGGCACGGCGUGCCCCGAGUUCCGGAAGGGGAACUGCAAGAAAGGCGACAAUUGCGAGUACGCUCACGGCGUGUUCGAGUGCUGGCUCCACCCUGCUCGGUACCGGACACAGCCAUGCAAGGACGGCGUGAGCUGCAGCCGCCGGGUGUGUUUCUUCGCCCACACGCCGGAGCAGCUCAGGGUUUUGAGCCCGCGCACUCCGCCGUGCUCGGUGGCGGAGUCAUAUGACGGUUCGCCGCUCAGGCUGGCUCUGGAGGGGUCGUGUGCUAGAGCUUUGGCUUUCAUGUCGUCGCCAGAGUCUGUUUCGCCGCCAUCCGAGUCACCGCCGAUGUCUCCGAUGACGAACUCGCUAAGCCGCUCGCUGGGUUCCAGCUCUGUCAACGAACUGGUGGCCUCUCUCCGUCAGUUGCAGCUGAACAAGGUGAAGUCCAUGCCCGCCUCUUGGGCCGGCGUUCAGGUUGCCUCCUCGGGCUUUGGUUCGCCCAGACCACCCAUAUCCCGACCGUCUUUCUGCAGCUUGCCGUCAACCCCAACCAGGGCUCCGGCCCGCCGGGGAAUGGCGCCGUUCGAUCUCUUCUGCGAUAACAGCGGCUGCGAGGAAGAAGAACCUGUAAUGGAAAGGGUGGAGUCUGGGAGAGAGCUCAGAGCCAAGAUGUUCGAGAAACUGAGCCGGGAAAACCCACUGGAUCGGGCUGAGGCUCCGCCGGGUCCUGCCUAUCCGGAUGUCGGGUGGGUCUCAGAGCUGUUGAAAUGAAAACAGUAUGGAUACAUAAAUACAUACAUACAUACAUAUAUAUAUAUACAUUAAACAUAUUAUAAGUGUGUGUGAGGGAAUUAGCGAGAGGAUUAACUAAAACAUUAAAGGCUUGGUAAUGGUGGCGGGUCGGGUCUGCUGAUAGAAGAUUGGAUUUUGGGCGAUUGGCUGCUGCUGAUGGAUGGUUUCGUUUGCUUGUUUGUUUGUGUCUCUGAUGAUACUGAUUAAUUAUAAUUAUAGUUAAUCUCUGUGAAUAUCUGAAUUAGGCUGAUCGAUCUCACUCUUGUAACUAUCUUUGUAAUAUUGGAUUAUGCUUCCUUAAUGUAAUGCAAAGUAUUCAAUGUUAACCUAAUCAAGGGUGGCUUAUGUUC